CUUCAAGGCCUGUGGAGGCCAGUAGCAACCAGCUCAUCACACAGAAGUACAAGGUGUACUUCCACCACGAGAACAUUUUGGCUGUUUCAUCUUCAUCACUAGUUACAAUAUUGGAGCUUUUCAAGAAAAGCUAUGGCCUCAACCACUAGCACCCAGAAGAUGCGGGAGGAAGCCACCUGCUCCAUCUGCCUGAACCUGAUGACUAACCCAAUGAGCAUCACCUGUGGACACAGCUACUGCUACUUGUGUAUAAUGGACUUCUUUAAGAACGCAGGCUCUAAGCAAGUGAGGCUGAAGAUUUGCUGUCCCCAGUGUAGGAUCCCAUUUCAUAUGAAUAGCCUUCGACCCAACAGGCAACUGGGAAACCUCAUUGAAGCCAUCAAAGAAGUGGAUAAUGAAAUGUCAUGUGAGGAACAUGGAGAGCAACUCCACCUGUUCUGUGAAGAUGAGGGGCAGCUCAUCUGCUGGCGCUGUGAGCGGACACCACAGCACAAAGGGCACACCACAGGUCUUGUUGAAGACGUAUGCCAGGGGUACAAGGAAAAACUCCAGAAAGCUAUGACAAAAUUGAAGCAACUUGAAGAGGAAUGUAUGGAGCAGAUGAUGUUCACAACAAUGCAUACAACUGAAUGGAAAGAGAAGAUACAAAUUCAGAGACAAAAAAUCCAGUCUGACUUUAAGAAUCUCCAGAGUUUCCUACAAGAAGAAGAAAAGUCUUACCUCUGGAGGCUAGAGAAAGAAGAAGAGCAGGUUCUGAGGAAACUGAGGGACCGUGAGACCACUCUGGUACAGAAGAGUCAGGAACUCAAAAGCCACAUCCUGGAACUGGAGAAAAAAUGUCAGGGUUCAGCCCAGAAAUUGCUACAGAAUGUGAAUGACACUUUAAGCAGGAGUUGGGCUGUGAAGCUGGAGGUACCAGAGCCCUUCGCCUUGGAGCUUCAUACGAUGUGCAGUGUGUCUGAGCUUUACUUUGAUGUUAAGAAAAUGUUAAGGAAUUAUCAAGUCAGUGUGACUCUGGAUCCAGAAACAGCUCAUCAUGAACUAGUUCUGUCUGAAGAUAGGAGACAAGUGACUCGUGGAUACCCCCAGGGAAAUCUUGAUCCUUCUUCUAGGAGAUUCAAUGCCUUCCACUGUGUUCUAGGUUGUGAAGGCUUCACCUCAGGAAGACACUACUUUGAAGUGGAUGUUGGAGAAGGAACUGGGUGGGUUUUAGGAGUUUGUUUGGAAACUGUGCAGAGGGGCUCUGACAUGAAGCAGGAGCCUCAAUCUGGAUUCUGGACACUCGGGCUGUGCAAAAACAGAGGCUAUAUAGCACUGACCUCUCCCUCAACUUCCCUUCAUCUGAGCGAGCAGCCCCUGGUUGUGGGAGUUUUCCUGGACUAUGAGGCUGGAAUUGUGUCCUUUUACAAUAUGACUACUGGCUUCCAUAUCUUCACCUUCCCGAAGGCUUCCUUCUCUGAUAUUCUCCGACCCUAUUUCCAGGUUUAUCCAUACUCUCCUUUGUUCCUUCCUCUCCCAGAUGAGUAAGGAAAGAAACAAAGUCUCCUUCUUGGUUUAACCAGUACAGAGAAUAUAAUGUAAAUGACACAAGGGCAGA